ACAGGAUAUAAGACUCAGAGCAUCUUGUGUUUACCCAUCAAAAAUCACAGAGAUGAGGUUGUCGGAGUAGCACAAGCAAUCAAUAAAAGGUGUGGAGAGAACAGUGCCUUCACAGAACAGGAUGAGAGGGACUUUUCCUCGUACCUGGCUUUCUCUGGCAUAGUGCUACACAAUGCACAACUCUAUGAGACAUCACAGCUGGAGAACAGGCGAAACCAGGUGUUGUUGGAUCUGGCUAGUCUGAUCUUUGAAGAGCAGCAGUCUUUGGAGGUCUUACUGAGGAAAACCGUGGCUACCAUCUUGUCUUUCAUGCAGGCCCAAGAAUGCACUGUCUUCAUUUCUGACAGGGAAACAGCUAACACUUUCUCCAGUGUGUUUCACAUGGAAUAUGAGGAGCUUGCAGGAUCCAUGGACUUCCCAAACAGAGAAUGCGAUGUCAAUAAGAUAAACUAUAUGUAUGCCCAGUAUGUCAAGAACACUAUGGAGACACUGAACAUUGCAGAUGUCACCAAAGACCAGCAAUUUCCAUGGACAAGUGAAAAUCUACAAUCCUCAAACAGUCAAAUUAAAAGUCUACUGUGCACGCCAAUAAGGAAUGGGAAAAAGGACAAAGUGAUAGGUGUCUGCCAGUUGGUCAAUAAGAUGGAUGAAGCUUCAGGCCAGGUAAAAGCCUUUAAUAGGAAUGAUGAGCAGUUUCUAGAGGCCUUUGCUAUAUUUUGCGGACUGGGAAUCCAGAACACACAGAUGUACGAAGCAGUGGAAAGAGCAAUGGCUAAGCAAGAGGUCACACUUGAGGUCCUCUCUUAUCAUGCCUCAGCUGCAGAGGAAGAGACGCGGGCGCUCCAGGUAACUGCGGCGGCUACGAUUCCCUCUGCUCAAUCUCUCAGACUACUGGACUUCAGCUUCAGUGAUUUUGACCUGACAGAUGCUGAGACGACCCAAGCAACCAUCCGUAUGUUUGUGGACCUUAAGCUUGUGCAGAAUUUUCAGAUGAAGUACAAGAGUCUGUGUCAGUGGAUCUUAAGCGUAAAGAAGAACUACAGGAAGAAUGUGGUCUACCACAACUGGCGACAUGCCUUCAACACCUCCCAGUGCAUGUUUGCUGUGCUGAAGUCUGGGCGGUUUCAGAGUAAUCUGAGCGAUCUGGAGGUUUUAGCUUUAAUGAUUGCAACACUGAGCCAUGAUUUGGACCACAGAGGUGUCAACAACUCCUACAUCAAAAGAAGUGACCAUCCCUUGGCCCAGCUGUACUGCCACUCCACAAUGGAGCACCAUCAUUUUGACCAGUGUCUUAUGAUACUCAACAGUCCAGGUAAUCAGAUUCUGAGCGGUCUGUCUCUGGAUGAGUACAAGGCAACAUUGAAGAUGAUUGAGAAGGCUAUUUUGGCCACUGACCUGGCUCUCUACAUGAAGAAAAGAACAGAAUUCUUUGAGCUGGCUAAGAACAGUCAGUUUGUAUGGGAAGACGAUUAUCACAGAGAUCUGCUAAAGUCGAUGCUGAUGACAGCAUGUGAUAUCUCUGCUAUUACAAAACCCUGGCCAGUACAGAAGAAGAUAGCAGAAUUGGUUGCCACAGAGUUCUUUGAACAAGGUGAUAAGGAGCGGCGAGAGCUAAACAUUGAACCUAUUGAUCUGAUGAACAGGGAGAAACAGGAUAAAAUUCCCAGCAUGCAAGUGUCUUUUAUUGAUGCCAUUUGUACACAGUUAUACGAGGCGCUGACAGGUUUCUCAGAGUACUGCUCCCCCCUGCUGGAAGGUUGUAGAACGAACAGGCAGAAUUGGAAGCAGCUUGCCGAGCGAGGAGAGGAAGCUUUGCUUAAUGGAUGACUGUAACUUUUCUUUUGAAAUGCAGACGUCCUUGGGCUAUUCAUAUCUUUCCCUGCCCCUUUCCCAGAGACUAAAGGAUUACAAGACCCUGGUUUGAUGAUAUUCACAUGACUGCUCUGGCCAUUCCACGAAGCAUAAUGUAGAAGGUUAAAAGUGCAAGUUUGGGUUAGAUGCAUCAGAAUAAAGUCUAUUUUUAAAUAGAGACUGCUGUGCUGUAAAAGACUUGAUGAAGAAAAGAGGGAAAGAUUGAUUUACCUGUGCAACCCAGCUGAUAAAAAAAAAAUAACUAUGACCAAAUUAUCUUACUAAAAGAAUGUCCCAGGUUCUUUCCAAAGCAUUUAAAAAAAAAAAAUAAUAAUUUCAAAAUGUUUGCUAGAUUGUAAAAACAAAAAUGACAUUUAGGCCACAUUAACAAACUCACAAUCAAAGAGGUAAAGCAUUCCAAAGACAGAAGCAUACAGGUUGUAUUUUUGUAACUAAUUAUAAAGCUGUUAAAAGUUGUAAAACUGUAGCAUUGUCUAAAUAAUAUAUCUUUCUUUACUGUUCUAGACGUAUUAAUUUCUGUGUUAACAGUGUAAUUCCUGUGGGUGGAGUUGCUCCAUGUAAACAACACUUGAUUUCUGGUAACCAUAAACGUGGCUGGAGUUGAGAUAUGAGGUAUAAGACUACACAGAUAAGCUUAGCUAGCAGUUCUAGCAUUUUAGUUUGGUGUGUAUCAUGUAAUGUUUACCUUGUAGUUAUACAUUUGAAAAGCAUGAAUUUGAACAUUUAUUGUGGUGCAGUGCCUUCCCUCAUGGAUUUCCUAAUUUCAAUCUACCUGUUUUACUCCAAGCACGAUUGUUUCCUGUUUUUAUAACAUUUCAAAACUAUUUUAUUUUAUAACCAACAGCAUACCAGCUUGUAUUGAGCCCAGAACAUUCCUUAUUUAUUGUUGUCUUUUUUUUGUACAGCUCACUCACUGAAUUACUGAAAUACGCACAUAUACAAAAUAUUUAUCUACAUUGCUCUGCUAAAGCUGACAUAAAAGGAACACAUCAAACACGUGUUUCACUGUUUAACCUCAUCCCAUGUCACUUUGUGUUACACCAUUAUACUAUGUUGUAGAUUUUAUUUUUCACCUACAUUGCAUAUAAAGAAAUCAAUAGCC